CGUGCAGAUCGAGGCUCGUCCGCUGCCAUGGCGUCGUAAGGUCGCUGUCGCACCGGCAGCGCUCGCCAGGGGUCGCCUAGCUCACUUUUCGAUCGCCUGCUCGCGUAUCUCUGUCUCAAGUUGGGUCCAAAGCUCCGGAGAGCACAUCACCUCCAAAGCUCUCCGGGAGAGCAUCACCUCACAGAACGCCUAUGAUGAUGUUGCGAUGCGCGGUCCUAGCGGUCUUGACGACGGCAGCAGCGCUGAAGACAUGCGUGAUUGGAGGCAGCGGAUUCAUCGGCAAAGCCGUCUGCAAAACGCUCGCCGCGAAAGGCGUCGCCGUCACGUCCGUGAGCCGCUCCGGCCGGCCGGCGGACGCCGAGCCCUGGAUGGACCAGGUGGACUGGGUCGCCGCCGACGCCGGCAACGACAAUAUCGCCGCCGCGCUGGACGGCGCCGGCGCCUGCAUAAGCUGCGUGGGCGGCUUCACGGGCGCCAAGGCCUCGCCGACGGGCACGGGCGACAUCCCUGUUCUAUUUGCGUCGUACAGUCCCCAGGAUCAGGAGGAGUACCGCGCGAAGAACGGCCCGCCGAACGAAGCCAUAGCGAAGGCUGCCAAGGAGGCCGGCGUCGGCCGAUACGUCCUCGUCGGCGUCGCUGCGGACGCCGAGAACGGCCUCGCGGGAGGCAUCCCGGGGUAUUUUGAAGGCAAGGCCGACGCGCUCGAUGCCGCCGUGCGGAAUUUUGGCGCCGACGCCGUCGUGGUGUGCCCGCACGAGGUCGUCGAACCGGGCUCGGCACGCAUCAAGGCCGUCGACAACCCCUUCGCGCGCUUUGCGAGGGAUGCGAAUAAAGCGAUCGGCAGCGUGGGCUACCGCGGCGAGGAUUUAGUCACGAAGCUCAGUCUCACGCCACCGUCGUCCGUGGACGACGUCGCGACCGUCGUCGCAGCUGCGGCGGCUUCGGAUCUAGACAUCGACGUCUCGACGCGGACGACGCGGAGAGUGCUGCUCGACACGAGCAACGGAAUCAAAACACUGGACGAGUCGAGGGAAUACAACGUCGAGGCUAGAUUCGUGGACGGCACGGACGCGAUCAAAGAAAAGGCGAGCGGCAAGGUGGCGCUGUGGAAUAGCGGCGUAUGA